AUGAAAUACGUUGCUUUGCUUGCGUCUCUCGUCGCUCUCGGCGAGUGUCUGUCUUUGCCUCCGCUCAUCCCCACCAUUCCUGGUGUGACUGAGGCUCUGACUACCAAUGCACCCCCUCUGCCUAUCCUGCAGGUCCCAACUCCUCCUCUAGAGAGUCCCCCAUUCACUCCGAGUGACAUCAAGCCGAAGAAGAUCGGGUACUUCUGGACUGGCUCGGCUGACAAGUUCCACAAGGAUUUCCUUGCAACUUACAGUCUCGACGAUGAUACCUUUGGUACCCUUUUGUGGGUGACUGAUGUCCCUUCGAGUGGAAACGACCCCCACCAUCUUGGACCGUCUCUCGACGGAAAGACCAUCUGGGGUGGAGGUCUCCUCUCCCUCUUGAAGACACAGGACACGGGGUUCUACUUUGACACAUCUAACCCCUACCGUCCUAAGUUCCUCAAGAGUAACCGCGGAAUCCUCGCCUCUAUUGCAGAUGAGGUCCGUGCUAAGCCCGAUGGAGGAUUCUUCAUCACUUACAUGGGCUCUGCCGUGGGAACCUCGCCCGGCCGUCUCGUUGAGACCGAUGCCGACUUUAACAUCAUCCACGAGUGGCCCGAGGAUGUGGAGGGUACCCUCAACAUUCUGGGUCAGCAGUUCUCUCCUCACGGACUGAGCAUAGACUGGGAGAAGAAGCUGAUUCUCACAUCUGACUUUGUCGAACCUAUCAGUAUCUUGAAGCCCAGUCUCGGAGUUCGCCAUGCUGACACCCUUCGUCUCUGGGACUUGGAUUCGAGGAAGAUCCUGAGCACCUUGACUAUUCCUAACGGUGGUGGUAUUCAAGACGUCAAGUUCAUCCCCGGUCACCCCGAAUCUGCCGCCAUUGCUACCGCCGUGCACUUGGGCCAGCUCUGGAUUAUCUAUCCUCUGCGCAAAGAUGCGAAUGGCAAUCAAGGUGUUAUCGAGGAACUCUACGAUCUUGGUCCCAAGGCCCGCGAUACCAUCGCUAUCUACUCUGACAUCAGCCAAGACGGAAAAUACUUCUAUGCUACCCUGACCACUGCCAACCACAUCGCCGCUCUCGAUAUCAGCGACUUGGAUAACAUCAAGCGUCUCGAUGACCCCGAUGAGGACCAGCCUACCGUUGGACCCCACUAUGUCAAGAUCACCCCCGACCAGAAACACCUCGUUGUUACCGACUACUUUGUCCAGACUGGUGAUAUCGGCAUCAUAAACACCCCGGCUGACUUCAAGGCUCUUUACAUUGACCUCCAGGAGGAUGGAAGCCUGUCCUUCAACCGAACCAUCGACUUCAACAAGGAGUUUGCCAACCGCGGUGGAGCCAAGCCUCACUCCAGUGUUGUCUUCGAUCUCACUGACCCGGAGAACCCUCUCUACUACUAG